AUGGGUUCGACACAAUUCGGCAAUUUCCACGCAGAUCAGUCCACUAAUGACCAGGCCUCCUCCACCGAGGGGCUCUUCAAAGUCAACCAGCCUCCUGGUGUUAAUUACGGCGGAUGCGAACUCGUCGGAAUCGGGCUGCACGGCGGCCGUAACCUCGCCAACCUAGGCUCGAUUCUCUUCGCCUUCAUCGCGAUCCUGGUUUCUCUCGUUCUGCUAUGGAGGUCGGACAAGAAGCACGCCGCCGUCGGGCGCCGUGAGAUGCAAAUGUUCUUGCUAGGCUUUAUCGUGAUCGAGAUUUGCGAAAUCUUUACCGUGGGCGGCAUUCCGAUCAAAGACGAUGUUCGAAAGGGAUUCUCAGCAGUCCACCUUGCAGCGAUCACUGCAACAUGCUGGAUCUUAUUGUUAAAUGCACUGGUGGGCUUUCAACUACUUGAUGACGGUACUCCGGCCUCCAUUGGUCUCAUUUCUGCAUCUGCUGUGAUGCUUUUCAUUGGGACUGGGUACAUCGCCCUCGACACUGCAUUCUCCUGGACCGGCCACUUUGAUUCGAGUCUCUCAGGUGAAAAUCGCAACAUUGGUCUCUAUGUGUUGUACCAACUUUUCCCUCUGAUUUGCCUCUUCUUGUUCUUCGUCCUUGAAUCAGUGUUGGUGUUGCGAGUCCUAGGCGAAUUCCGUCCGAUGCUCUACUUGCUCGGUGCAGCCCUUCUUUUCGCCAUUGGUCAAAUCUUCCAGUAUGUGAUCAGCGUCCAUAUUUGUUCUGCCACGUCUGGCAAAAUCAAUGGCACCCUCUUUGAAACCCUCUUCACCCUCCUCUCAGUGAUGGUGAUCUGGGGCUUCUGGAGCAGUAUCACCGAGGAUGACUGGCCCUUGCCUGUUGGCAGCGGAUACAACUGA